CCAAGCCGAGCGCUCUGGAGGCUCAAGGAGCAUGAGAUCGUCACGGCUUCGCAUCAUCUCCUAACUAUGCCGACAAAUCGGUCAAAGAUGUGCAGUCCGGCAUCAUCGCUUGCAAGUUCUUCUUGUUCCUACCUCUGUACUUUGUCUGUUGGAUUCAGAUCUGGAACAACCUCAUCUCACAAGCUGGUGAGAUGGCAUUGCACGGAACGCCAAAUGAUCUGCUGCAAAAUCUUGACCCAAUCGCCUUGAUUAUCUUUGUCCCACUUCUUGAUUUCGUGAUUUAUCCGCUACUUCGCAAAUACAAGAUCAACUUCAGUCCAGUCCUGAAGAUGACUGCCGGCUUUAUUAUGGCCUCGAUCUCGAUGGUAUAUGCGAGUGUCCUCCAGCAUUAUAUCUACAACUCUCCUCCUAAAAGCAUCCAUGUGUGGAUACAAGCUCCGGCCUACAUCUUGGUCGCUUUUUCUGAGGCUUUCGUGAUUAUCAACGGCCUUGAACUAGCAUACACCAAGGCGCCAACAAGUUUGCGCUCUCCGUCUCCGCUUUGUUCUGACUUACUAUCGGCAUUGCAGCAGCCAUUUGUAUCGCUCUUGCACCCAUGUCUCAAGACCCAUACCUUGUGUGGAUGUACGCCUCACUUGUUAUCGUUGGCUUCGUUGCUGGAUGCGGACUCUAUCUCUGUUUCAGAAAUUCCUUCGAUGAUGUACCCGUCAUCGCUGGGCAAGAAGCGGGAAAUAUGGAGCUAGACGUUACCGGGGUCGCAGAACAUUAUGGCAAGCUUGCGAUUGAGGAAGAGAGACGACACAAGUAGUGGUGUUUGGUUGGACAAUUGUAGGCCUCAUCUAUACAGAUCGUAGGUCUUGGAAUAGAUGAACAUUGAGACAUAUAGCAAUUGCAUUCGGUCGUCCUUCAUGUUUCCAGUAUCUGCUGUGAAUUUGUAGUGACGACGUUGUCCAGGCCUUUCCAGUAAAUUCUGUCAACACGCAGAA